AUGUGGCUAAACGCUCUGUUGCGGUUUGUGACACUAUUUACGUGCGUGUACUCUAGUGAUGACAAUGACGAGCCUGUUUUGUAUUACUAUGGUCUCGAAGAAAGCGAACGGAGCCUGCCAUCGUGUAGCGUGAGACAAGCAUGCUCAGCGUUAUUAAUGAGGUAUUGGCGCGCGCCCGCGCUCGUUCGGCUUUGUCGAUGUGCGCGAAGACAGCGCUGCGACACCAUGGCGGGGCCCGACAGUCUCAUAGAACUUAAUAACCGAGCUUAUCUUCAGUUUUGUCAACCUGUAACAGACUGGCCAGAGUGUUCCAUGAAGCACAAAGCUCUUGUUGUGACAACAUCUGCAGAACGAAUGAACCCUGAUGAACUUGAAGAAAUGCACCACCGGAACUUGCAACUAGUGCCACCUAAUUUAACAUUUUCAUGUCGUUGCCGAAAUCCUAACUAUUGGAAACUAACUUCUAGUAAAGAUAACAAUAUUCAGGUAUUUCAAUGUUCAUCACUUCAUCUGUGCAAAACUGGAGAGCACUGUGGCAACGUUAAUGAGGACUUAAUGGCUUUAUAUCAAUUCUGCCUAUGCCCCAGGCAUCACAUUUGUGUUCAUAAUGGGGGCAUACCUCACACACACAUUUCUGAGCUGCUUUACAAAGGAAGAGGAUGGAAGGCUUACUGUCAAAGAGAUCGAGAUGAAUAUAGUUAUGAAGAGUAUUAA